CUCUUCAAGUUGUGCUUCCAUACUGCAGUGCACCUACCGCCGACUGUAGCGACAUCGGUGAUUGGAACGGUUGCGAGCCUCUCGGUAAUAGAAAUACCGCUACUACACGAGUCAUCACGUCGACGGCUGGCCUCACCUUCUUCCCCCUCUCACUUUUCAUGUUUCGCUUUCCGUCGCUGUUUCUUCUUUCAACAAUCCUUACUGCGCCAGUAUCCUCACCGCUCUUGAACUAGAGCACCCCAUUCGUUCAGAUUCAUACUCUUCUAGGCGUUCAACAAGAUAUCGGAAUGGUUGCCGCUUCUUCUAAUUUCGAUAUCGACACUCUUUUCUUUGGUCUUUCCCUUUCUGCGUCAGUUCUAGUAUUUAUUCCUUUUUAUUGGCACUUUAAAACCAGGAACACUGGAACCUGCCUUUUCAUGGCUUGGACGGGCUUAGCUUGCCUCGUUCUUUCCAUCAACUCUAUUCUUUGGAACAACAGUACCUCCAAUUUUGCACCACUAUGGUGCGAUAUCUCUGCAAAAUUCUUGGUUGGAGCAAACAGCGCUAUAUCAUCUGUGUCGUUAUGCAUCAAUCUUCGGCUUUGGCUCGUUGCCUCGGAUCGAGUGAGAACCCUCGAGAAAAGGGGUGUAGUUGUCAUUGAGUUACUUUUGGGGUUGGGCGUUCCAGUGACAGAGAUGAUAUUCCAGUAUUUUGUUCAAGACCGACGAUUUGACAUUUACGAAGGCUUUGGUUGUAUUGCAGCAUCUGAUAAUGUGCUUAUGAUGUACCUCCUUCUCUUGGCACCUCAAUUUCUCCUUGGCAUCGCCUCUACGACUUUUAAUGUUCUAGCACUCAUCGCAUACCAUCGCAUGUACAAAUAUAUGCUAGACACCCAAUAUUCACCCACGUUUCAUCGUCAAACUACACUCUCAGUAUCCUUCCUCUGGUUUCUCACCCUUGGAAUCAUCUCUAUCUUAUGCAGCAUCUCUUAUGCCGUCUUUGUCGUCUAUUUCAACGCAACUGCCAGCGCGGAUGGGUUCGUGUAUUGGAAAUCGUGGAAGUUGACUCACCUCGAUAUCAAGGCUGUCAAUGUCUACGAUGAGAAUGAGUGGCGCGGAGACAUGAUGACGGAAUUUUUGCUGGAGGCUAAUCGUUGGAUUUUCGUCGGGCUGGCAUUGUUAUUUUUCGUGUUUUUUGGGCUAACGAGCGAGGCGAGGCGGAGGUACAAGAUGCUCCUUGGAUGUGGAGGAAGGAAGAAGUGGAUGUUCGAAGUCGAGAAGACGAUGCCAAAUGCAGGUGAUAGAGGGAUCGUGCAUUAUGCCAACGAAGAUAUGGAGAGUGCGGAAGGGUCUAUGAGCACACUGGCAUCAACAUCCAAACGCAGUGCUUCCAUCAGCAAACCUCAAUUUGUCGACCAGGCGAUUGACAAAUAACUCUCUUUCCACUGCUCCCGAACCCAGAACACUGGUCACGCCAUCCCUUCCAGCUCACCUGUCGUUUGUUGCGUCCUCCCCUCCCAUC